UUGAUUACGGAAAUUUCUUUAAUAUAUUUCAAAAAUUUCUAUAUUGUUUUUUUUAACAUUUAUAUUAAUUGAUUAAAUAAAAGUAGACUAUGCACUCGAUAUGAGCAGGGAUAGUGAAAUUGCGUUAAAUACGUCUAAGAAAAAGGGCGUCGACCCAACUUGUAGUGCUAAACCAGUGCUGAGUUGUGUUGAUGAUUUGGUUCUUUUACAAUCGGAAGCAAGGUUUAAAGAUUAUCAACUUCAUGAAAAAACGCAAAAUAUGUCAGGGGAUCAGAAAUUGUUGCUGAAAGGUCAAUCUUCUCAGUAUGUUAAAUUAAAUGUCGGUGGUAGUUUGUACUAUACGACUGUUGGCACAUUGACUAAACAUAAUGAUACAAUGCUCAGCGCGAUGUUUAGCGGUCGUAUGGAAGUAUUAACUGAUUCAGAAGGUUGGAUUUUAAUCGAUCGUUGCGGGAAUCAUUUCGGAAUUAUUCUUAAUUUUUUACGUGACAGUUCUGUACCACUACCCGAAACCAACAAGGAAAUAGCCGAAUUACAUGCCGAAGCAAAAUAUUAUUGCAUUACAGAAUUGGCUUUGUCCUGCGAAAGGGCCUUGUAUGCACACCAAGAACCAAAGCCAAUUUGUCGUAUUCCUUUGAUAACUUCACAAAAAGAGGAGCAGCUUUUAAUAAGUGGAUCGUCGAAACCAGCGGUUAUUCUGGUGGUACAGCGUCAAAACAAUAAAUAUUCAUACACAAGUACAUCAGAUGACAACUUACUUAAAAAUAUAGAACUUUUUGAUAAGCUAUCACUGCGGUUUAACGAACGCAUUUUGUUUAUCAAAGACGUUAUUGGUCCAAGCGAAAUAUGUUGCUGGUCCUUUUACGGUCAUGCUAAGAAAGUUGCUGAAGUGUGUUGUACUUCGAUAGUUUAUGCUACUGAUCGAAAGCAUACCAAGGUUGAGUUUCCCGAAGCACGUAUUUACGAAGAAACACUCCAAGUCUUACUUUAUGAAAAUCGAAAUGCUCCUGACCAAGAACUUAUGCAGGCCACAUCUUCAGUUCGAGUGGGUAGCGUCGGUGGCACAAGCCUGCAGCAAUACACAAGUGACGAAGAAGAAGAACGCACUGGUCUGGCUCGGUUACGAAUUAACAAGCGAAACAACCCAGCUUAACUUUUUGGACACUCAUCUUGUUAUAAUUGAUCGCGUUGCAAAAUUAUAGUAUCAUUGUAUACUUUAUAAAAUGAUCAAUCUAAAAAAAUUUGUUCAGUAUAAUAUAUAAAUUACUCAAUAUCGAUUUUGUGUGCUUUUACUGCAAUAAAAAACGAGAUGAAUUUCUGACGCAGAA